AAAUGAAUCCAUCCAAUCAGACAACACGCAUCCAGGAAGGAAGUAUCACCAGAAGACGUUUACACGAGUAGAACUUCCUCAUAUAUUACAGUACAUAAAGUGUACCGUCUCUUUUGUUGGAAUUGUUUACCGAAAAACUAAACGUAUAUCACCUCAUUUAAGAUGGGAUACAUGCUAGUAGAGGAAAAAAGCACAACUAUUCUGCACCUGAAGAGAACCCCUGGCAUCCGUUCCUGGUCUCUCUUUGUUGGUAUGGCAUCAAUUGGGUUGGCGGCUGCAUACUACAGCUCUGAUAGCAUCUUGUGGAAGCUUUUCUACGUGACGGGCUGUCUGUUUGUAGCAAUGCAGAACAUGGAAGAAUGGGAAGAGGCAGUGUUUGACAAAACUACAAAUGUUAUUGAACUCAAAACCAUUAGCUUGUACACUUUAGUUUUGACAUUGUGGAAAAAGGGACAAGAGAAAGUUGUGUUGGACUUGAGGCAUCUCCAUGAUGUCUGCAUUCAAGAAGAAAGGGUCCGUUAUUUGGGGAAAGGCUACCUCUUGAUGUUACGUCUGGCUACAGGCUUUUCCUACCCGUUGACUCAGAGUGCCACGCUUGGGGGGCGCAGUGAUGUGGAAGCCCUAGAGACACUGCUGAAGAGCUUUUUGGGUCUGGAGGAGCGAGGGCAGCAGGAUAAAAUGGCAGAGUACACAGAGGAGGAAGUGGACUCCUCGGGUAACAGCAGCGAUUCAGAGGAUGAAAAAGAAAAACGUUGACACAGGUUCAUAUGUAAAUAAACUUGUAAGUUUGA